AUGAAAGUUGUCAACAUUAAAUCCCUGAUCACCUUCUGCGUCGUCUCCAUUGUCUGCGUGACGCCACAGCAAAAUGCAUGCGGCUCUGGGUGGUUCGGUGCCAACUGUCAGUACAAAUGUCGGUGCAGCAAUAAUAAUUGUGACAUAAACGGAUUAUGUCUAGGAAAUGACGCCUGCAAGGGAGGAUGGUUUGGUCCUGCCUGCCAGUACGUGGACCUAGCCUUUGGAAGAGCAUCGGUAUCAGAACUGACAGACGGCAAUGAUGACACAUGUUCAGCUUAUAAUGACACCACCAACAGUGUGUUCAUUAAUUUAGACGAACCUUACACUUUUACCUGGCUAAGAGUUCAUGGCACCAACAAUGAGUCCCUGGUUGGUCUGCAAGUGACGUUUGACAACGGUGUCGGCUGCAACAACCCAAGAAAUGUCACGGUCGAUGAUAGAACAUUAGACAUCUACUGUAGCAAUGACGAGAUGGUUCAGUUUGUGACACUUACAGGACCUAGAGUGUCUUCUUUGUGCUCUGUUUAUAUUAGCGGAGGCAGAAACGUUGCCGUCAGAGAAACAGCCCAACAGUCGAGCACGUACAUCACAUGGGUAAAUGGCCAACAGAUGCCCUUUGUAGCAAACCUAUCUGUAGAUGGCGAUUCGAAUCCACAUUUCUUUCAAGGACUCAGCUGUUCGUUGACCAACGGUGGGGGUCAGUUACCUGAUCAGUGGAAUAUCAGUUUCUCCCGAGUCAGAAUCGUCAACAGAUACAUCGUCUAUGGCAGAACAGAUGGUAACUGGGACCGACUUCAAGGUUUCAGACUCCAAAGUUAUGCUGGCACAAAUCUAGUCAACGAUUACACGGCUCAACAACAGACGUCAGCAGUUUACAAGGUCAAACAUGACAAUCGAAAGGUGUCCUUUGUCCAGAUCAUCAGCGGAAGCAACGAUAAAGUUCUACAAAUGUGUGAGAUGGAGAUAUACGGAGACUCAGACUGCCAGGACGGAAAGUACGGGCGGGAGUGUGAACACACUUGCAACUGUGAAGGAGACAAGCCCUGCUUCCCUAGCACUGGAGGAUGUCCAUCUGGAUGUGCCGCUGGUUUCCAAGGAAAUGACUGCAAUAAACCCUGCAGCCCUGGAAGACAUGGGCCUGGAUGUCUGGCAGACUGCAACCUACUCUGUGCCAAGGACACGACAAACGUCAGAACAUGUGACAGUGUCAGUGGUGCCUGCCACCUUGGCUGUGAGGGUGGCUACAGGGGGUCACACUGCAAUCUCACUUGUGAACAAAACAAAUAUGGCAAGGACUGUAAUCAGACAUGUAGCGAACACUGUGCCAAUAAAACCGUUGAGGAGACAUCAUGUCAUCCCGUAAAUGGCUCAUGUAAUCAUGGCUGUGACAAUGGCUACCAGGAGCCUCUGUGUAGUUCACGCAUGGUAGCAGGAUGUAGAUCUUCUACUUCUUCAUGUUCUCUAGUAGAAAGUUUUGGCUGUUCGUCCGCUUCUUUUUCAUCGUCUGGUUCUAGUUGUUUGUCACUUCUGGUUGUCUGCCCACUGGUGGUUGUUCGUCAAUUUCUAAUCCAUUUUGAAUUGUCAUCUCCACUUCUUAUUGCUCGUCCAUUUCUGGUUGUUC